AAUCCUGCACGAGGGUGUGUGUGUGUGUGUAUGAAAGCGAAAGGAGAAGAUAUGAGCGCAGCAGCACCAUCUUUGGAGGAGCUUCUCUCUGGUGUUUCGAGGAAAACUGCAGAUGCACCGGGAGGAGGGCCGGGAAGGCUCGGGCCCCCACCAGAAGAGGAAGAAAACUUUGACGAGGUGGAGGAGACGGUGAUCGAACGAUUGGUGGGACUGACAGAGAUGGUGCCUGACCCGCUGUGGAACGUGGGGGAGAAGGGGUUGAGAGUGGUCAGUGUGGUUGGUGCGGCGGUCUGCGUGGGUGUUGGGAACCUCUCUUGCUCUGCUGGCUCUCCCUCCGUUCAUAGAACAGCAGAGACUAGAGUACGAGGAGAUGCAGAACAUGCAGAAGAAGCAGUUGAUGUUGGGUCAAGGAGCUCCUGGUGCACCGUUCGCUCCACCUUCUAGAUAGUGCCGCCCUCCAUCCAGUGGUACAUUUCUAAAUAGUGCCCACCCUGCAUCCAGGAACCGUCAUAAUUAUAAAGCCCACCUUGAACCUAUAAUUAUAGCAGCUAUUAUCAGUAUGCAUCAUGCAUCCACAUUAUUGAUGCAUCUUGAUCCUAUCCUUGAUCUUUGCAACAAAUUCUGAACACGGUGCAUGUUGGU